AUGGAUGAUUUGGAGCGGAAGCAUUUUAUGAAGACUCUAGCUGUUUUUAAAUGCUACAAAAAUUACGCCCUAAACAAAGUUAAGAAGCAGGCUCUAAUUUAUGAUAAACUUUCAGAGAAUCACAAGGCUUUAAUUCCUGAUUUUCUAUUCAAUAUAUCGAAAAUCAAACAGUGUAUUGAAAAUAACAAUAAAUUUAUAGAUUUUAUCCUUGCGAACUCGAAAGGAGAAAUAUUUGAGGAAGAAAAUCCCCUGACCCAACGGGAUGAAACAAUCGAAAAUGGUGAUCAAGGUGAUGCCGGCGUGAAGACUCGUUUCUCAAUUACAAAUAUGGAUGUGGAAAGGAUAAAUUCUGUAUUGAAACAAUUUGUACGUGAUUGGUCUAGUUUGGGCGAAAUAGAGCGAAAGCAAUCCUAUGAGCCAGUCGUGAAUGAAAUUAAACAGAUUUUCUCCCCUUCUGAUAGAAAGCUAUCUGAUAUUAAAAUUCUUGUACCUGGUGCUGGUUUGGGCCGACUGGCUUGGGAAUUAGCCAACGCCGGUUUCUCAUGUCAGGGUAAUGAAUGGAGUCUUUAUAUGCUUCUACCGGCUUAUUUCAUUCUUAAUUUUCCCUUUCAAACUACGGUGUUCCGUCGCUAUACAUGGGACUGUGUGGCUACUGUAUACUUUAUUGAUACUGCGCAUAAUAUUCUGGAGUACCUCGACACAAUCUGGAAUAUCCUCGUUCCCGGUGGUUAUUGGAUCAAUUUCGGUCCUCUACUCUAUCAUUUUGCGGAUAUUCCUGGAGAAGAUUCAAUUGAAUUGGCCUACGCGGAUUUGAAGAAGGCUAUUAAUCUAAAGGGAUUUGAGCUGGUGAAAGAGGAACUGAAUAUCCAUUCGUCGUUCACUCAGGAUCCCAAUUCAAUGCUCCACUAUCACUACAAAUGUGUGUUCAAUGUUUUCCGCAAACCUCUACUCAAAAGCAAUUAG